GAAGUGUAUAUCCGCUUUGACGCGGACGUAAACAAACGUAGCUAAGCAAUCUAAGCCUUGCUGUAACUAUUGAGAGAUUGUACCAUAGUACAAUGUGUUUCUCUGCCGCCUAGAUCUAGCACGAUCGGAUAUCCAGUAACGUUACCAGGUGCUGACCCUUUGUUAUCGUUUUAAAACAACAGGACCUGGCGUUUUGUUAGGAGCUUUAUUUGAGAAGAUCUCAACUCAACAAUGUCUACUUCAAAUUUCAAGAAUAAGUGUGUGACGCAAGUCAACUGUAUAUACUGUGACAGUCUGCUGUGUAUGAGAGGGAUGAAAGCAGUACUUUUGGCUGACACGGAAAUAGAGUUGUUCUCAACCGACAUACCACCAAAUAGGGCAGUUGAUUUUGUGGCCAGCUGCUAUUCCACUGAAAGCUGCAAAUGCAAAUUAAGAGACAUUGCUUGUUUAAAAUGUGGGAAUGUUGUGGGAUAUCACGUGGUGGCCCCAUGCAAGCCCUGCUUGCUGUCCUGCAACAAUGGUCAUUUCUGGAUGUUCAACAGUGAGGCUGUGUCCACCAUCAACAGACUGGAUGCAACAGGGCAGAACCUGCUGCUGUGGGGAGAUCUUCCAGAACUGGAGGGCAGUGAUGACGAGAGCCUGGACUGUCUCUCAGAAGAAGAGUACCUCAGAUAGAAACACGCAUGUCUAAAGGAAGUAGACUCUGACGGUAGCGAAAACGUUUACUUUCACUCACAUAAAUCUCCAUUUAAAGCACAUUGUCUUCUCUUUAGCUGACUGGGAAUAGGCAAAAGGAAACAAAAAUAAUUACCAUCCCAGCUUGAUUUAUAUGCAUUUUCUUUCUGCAUCCUCUCACUUUAGUUUAAGCAUUUCAGAGGGCCAUUUCCAAAAAAUGUUUCAGUUUUCUUUGCUUUACGGUUACAGUAGCACAAAACAUGAUGAUUGGAUUUAAAGAUUGAUGAUGUUAUCCUCAUGUGACUUUAUUCAGCAUUCACAAAUGGUUCAAGACUGUUCAAGAAGAUUAACAGCAGUGUUACUUUGAGGUGUUAAUAGUUUAUUUGCUCUGGUACGAAUGCAGUUUUUGGAAGGCAGCCAAAUGGCCACCCAGCUAACAAUUUCUUUCCUAGAUAGAUAGAUAGAUUAGGAUUAACAAUCAUGCAAAAUUGUAUGCUGGUUCCACAAGUCUAGGUUGUUUUAUAGGACGAAAAUGACUGACAUUUACCAUGUUUUAAUGGUUUACCAGUAUAUUUGUCCAUUUUUAAUUGAAUGUCACAUAUUGUCCCCUGAAGAUGGAUAUCAAUUGAUACAUCUAUCCUAAACAAGGCAUAAUCUUGUCUUUCAUCUGAUUAUUUAGAUUACUUACAUUUUGCUCUUUUCAUGGCUUUGACAUUUGAAGUGGCACAAAAUGAUUUGGUAGCUUUGAAUAGAGUAGUUAGGUCUCAGCUUAGUGACAUUUGGCAUUUGAACAACUUUGAUUUAAAAAAAUUUUUUUAUGGUACUUUGCUUUGGCACACUCUUUUCAAUUAAUGAGGUUUCGUGAUAUAUUUUUUUUAUAUAGUUUAAAAUUUGUUCUUUCUGUACUCCAGUUAUGUUUCACUAUUUGUCACCAGGGCAAUCAUGAAAAGAAAUUACAGAAAAAAAUCUGCACUUAAUUACUGUAAAUUCUACAUGACACUCUGUGACAUACUGGACAAAGCUUUUUUUAAGCUUUCUGAUUUUUUUUACAUGGAGGUAACACAAUUAUUUGCAUCCUCUUCCGUUUUGAUUUACAAAGACAUGAUAUAGUCAGUCAGUAGCAGUUUUUUCACAAUCCUUUUUUACCAUUUCACUGUGUGAUGAUCAUUUUUAAAUAUUUCAAAAAUAUGAAGGCUAUUAUGCCCCACUGUAAAUGUCUUAGCAUGACAUUUUAUGUCAUGUUGUAUUAAAGGUUGCAUUUUCAGUAAAAAUAACAGCAAAAAGAAUAAACGACCACUAUUGUGAUAGCUUUCAGGUGUAGCAUUUUUAGGGGUUGGCCUUUUAUGCCUUGAAGCGAUCUUUAGUAUGCAUUUAUGACCAAAAUGAAACAAUGAAAAAUAUGUUUUGCAUUUUAACUUAUUAACAGAGGAUUUAUUUGAUUUAAGUUAUCUGUGUUUUGAAUGUAUUUAUUAACAGACAUGUGGCUGUAUUUAUACUGACAUGAUUUAAUUUGCGCCAUGUGAGGAUGAG